AAGGCGGCGGCGGCGGGGGGAAGAUGGCGGCGCCCGUCCUGCUGAGAGUGUCGGUGCCGCGGUGGGAGCGGGUGGCCCGGUAUGCAGUGUGCGCCGCCGGGAUCCUGCUCUCCAUCUACGCCUACCACGUGGAGCGGGAGAAGGAGCGGGACCCCGAGCACCGGGCCCUCUGCGACCUGGGGCCCUGGGUGAAGUGCUCCGCCGCCCUUGCCUCCAGAUGGGGUCGAGGAUUUGGUCUUUUGGGUUCCAUUUUUGGAAAGGAUGGUGUAUUAAACCAGCCAAACAGUGUCUUUGGACUUAUAUUUUAUAUACUACAGUUAUUACUUGGCAUGACCGCAAGCGCAGUGGCAGCUUUAGUCCUAAUGACGUCCUCCAUCGUGUCCGUGGUGGGCUCCCUGUACCUGGCCUACAUCCUGUACUUUGUGCUGAAGGAGUUCUGCCUCAUCUGUGUCGUCACGUACGUGCUGAACUUCGUUCUUCUCAUCAUCAACUACAAGCGACUGGUCUACUUGAAUGAGGCCUGGAAGCGGCAGCUGCAGCCUAAGCAGGACUGACCGCAGACAGACAAACUCCGAACUGGCCGCCGAGCCCCCUUUCCCAUUAGGGUUCUUUUGCAGCAGUUUUGUUUUGUUUUGUUUUUUUAAUUCUUCACAACAGACACUCUCCCUUAAGAAUCUCAAACUGAUUUUUAAAAAUCCUGUAAAUUAGAAGGGGUCCCAGCUAUUUUCUGUGUCAAUCUUCAUUUUGAAUAUGGAUACAAAAAAAAAGAAAAGAAAAAAGGAUAUGCCGAGCCAAUCAAAGACAAGCUUUAACUUUACUUUGAAGAUAUUUCCGAAAUAAUAAAAUAUAGCCCUAGCCCCCUGCCCUUGAUUGUAAAGUGAGCGACCAUUGCUAGUAAUUCUCUAACGUGUAUAAAUUCAAUUUCAGGUAUAACAAAUGUGAUCAUGACAUGAAAAUAUUUUAGAAUAGAUACUGUAUUAAAUAUUGCCAUGUUUACAAUAUGUAAUAUGUUUUUAGCCGAUGGAUUUAAACAUGUAGAUUCAACUAGAAUCCAUUUAUGUGAUAUUUGUAAAUAAAGGUAGAAAUAUUGGAUCCAUCCCUGCAGAACUUACUGUACAGUUUAGUUGAAGUGUAGCGAUGAACAAUUGUCAGCCCAAUGUUGACUGAAGAAAUAGUGAAAAUAGUAAGUCUGCACGGAGCAUCUUGUGAGGAGUACUGACAGCAAAAUCAUAGGGUAGUUGGUUCCCUUUCAUCUCCUUCCUUGGAAAGGAAGAAGCUAAAUUUGGACAUUCAAGUCAAGCUUGUGUCUAGUCAUAAAACUGGAUCAAUUAUAACCUUACAAAAUGAGUCCUGUGACCAGACCUUCACAUCCAAAGUCUUCAGGACACUAAAGAUGGGGAAGUGGGUAGAAUUCUUUGGAGAAAAGCUGGAAACAUUGAUAUGGCAUUUCUAGGUAAAGCCUCUUACCGUAGCUGAAUUGUCAUGCAGAAGUUUUCCCUUCACAUUGGUGCCAGCCAACCAAACAGUAUUAGGACCUUGAAAUAGCCCAUAGAAGCCCCGUUGCUCCAGAGUAGGAUCACUCUUGGGUCACCCUGUGGUAUUUCCCAUUUCAUCCUGCACUAAUUGGAUGUCUGACUUAAUUGUUUUAGAGUCAGUAUUAGAUUGGUAAAUCUUAGGGCUGACACGCUUCUGAGUUUGCUCCAUUGGGAGUAGUGCAGGUAGAAACAUCUGAAGGUGAAGUACACUAACGGUGUCACUGCUCUUUCUAGAAACUACGCAAAUGCCUAGAUUUUAAAGGUGAUGUGAAUAAACACAAAUGAAAUUGGGACAGUAUGCUUCUAUGAUUAACACCAUCAGAAUGUUAAAAGUGCCUUCUGUCUUAAACCUCAAACCAAAUAUUUUGUGUGUUGAACUUGGGCAGAAGUGUCCUUCCUUCCUCUUACCAUGAAGUAGAAAACCUGCAUUAUUCUCUAGAAAGGUUCUGUAUGAUCAUUUUAUUCCUUAGAUGGAGAAGUAGUAGCAAUGUUUUUGCUUCCAGUUAGUCUCAUCAUUAUGUUAAAAACAGACCGGUAACUUUUGAGUGCUUUCACGAAUGAGCCUUCUUUUUUGAAGGGAGGGGACAGGUUCUGCUCUGUAACCCAUAAUGUGUGGAGUCAGCAGCUGUUCAGCAGUUUCCGCCUAACUGUCCUAAUUGAUGCAGUGUAUCUUUCUGGCCCAAGGCAGGUGUAACAUCUGAAUUGUAAUGAACUUUCAACCAGUUUUACCCAGUUUUGUAAAAGCCAAACUCGGAUUUCCAGGCUUGUGUUUUCCCAUAAAUGUGAAUAUUCCAAUGCCUGUUUUAUUAGGUAUGUAUUGUUCUUGUUUCUGUAGUGAAUGAACUCCAGAAAGCAUUGAAUUGGAUGUCUGGUGUCUAUGGAGAAACAAGUCCUAGCCCUGAAGACCUUGUCCAGUCAUGAUGUCCAGAGGUCAUCUCUGUAGAGUGCUUCCAGUCCUGCCACGCAGCUCACGGUUCUGUCUUCUAAGCUAGAGUGGAAAUGGUUAACAGUGAAGACUUCUGUGGUAUAUAUAACACUGGUUGUCCUAAAUAAGUUCCUCGUGUCCCAAUUUAAAAUGGUUUUUCAUCAUAUUUUGUAUCAAUCAGCAGAGUAUAGUUAAAGCUUGUCUUGAUGCAGCAUUCUUGCAAAUGUCUUGAACUCUCAUAUGAUAAAAUGUAAAAAUGUUCAGCCAGACCCUUCCAGGUUUUCCUUUGUUUUCCUAAUAAGCCUUGGGGAAAACACCACUGUUUUAGUCGUACAAAAAUUUCUGCAACGUUCCUAUGACCCCAGUAGAAUUCAUACCCUUUUUCUCACUGAGCGAUGACAGUGUGCUGCCUCAAAUAAUAGCAUCAUAAUGCCAGCAUCUCUGUAAGCAACAGGCCCCCAAUGGAAGCAUUUACGCUCCCUUCUCCAUCCUCUCUUCCACCCGAAGGAGAAAACACCAUGCUAUAAACUACGAGGCCUAUUAGGACUAUUUUAGACUCAAUAUUUAAAACAAGAACAAAUUUGGGCGGGUGGGGGGUGGGGAUUGGAUUUCUGGGCUUUGCAGUAAUUCCACGCUUCUUGAUUUGGGGAAUCUGUUAUAACAAAUGAAGCCCCUUACUUACUUGGCAAUCGUAUCAUUUGAAGAAAUAAGAGAAACUGGGGUUAGAUGACAAAUUCUAGGCAAUCUAGGUGGUUUGGAGGAUUUCAUUGUUUUUCACUGCAGCUAGGUGCUUUCCACGAAGGUAAACUGGUGAAAUAACUCAGGUUUAACCAGCUGUGUGCCAGGAAUUACUUCUACUUGAUGUAUGUCACCUCACUCUAAAUCUGUUACUUUUAAAGAUGUUGAAAGCAUUGACUAUUUUCAUACAGAGACGAAGAUCUGUCGUUUGGUACAAGAGAUCUUUGGACCCUACUCAGUGGGAUAUAGGGACCAAGACUCCAGUGAAAUUAAAACCAUUUCUUGGGUUUACUUUGCUUGUAUUUCAUUUAUAAGAUUAUCAGAAGUGCAGUUAUCUUCAGUGACUACUUGUGAACUGCAAUUGGAACCAACACUUGACAUGAGUGAAAGGUGACAAAUCUUGUCUUGAAAAUUCGUGUUAGACAAACGCCAACAAGAAAUCCACUAUCAUUUUUGGUAACCUAUUUGGGAAGGAAUACCUAACAUGCAACCUUUGUCCUCCUGUAUUUUCCCCCAACAUGCAAGCAUUGGUGGAACAUUUCUAUUCAGACAUUUUAGGCAGCACUUAUGAUUCCUAAUCUGUGAGAACUCUCCCCUUCAAUAAAAUAGGAGGGGCAGGGGUGGGAAUCCAGGCUACUUGGUUAAUUUUUUCCCCCAAAAAUGAGCCCAGAAAAGGUAAAAUGUUUUGUUAUAAAACUGUAUUAAGCAUGGCCUAAGUAUUAGGUGUCUGAUCUGUAUAGUAUGUUCCAUCAAAAAUAUUUAUUACUCAUGCUUUAAGCUCCAGAACAAACACUCAUUUAAAGUGGAGUUCACUGGGCAGACGUCCCCCUUUACUAUAGAUAGAAAUAUUCUUUAUCAGAGAUUUAGGACAGUUUUGCUAACUGGUUAAAAAAAAAACCAAAUGUAAAUAUGUAAGAAUGUUUAUUUGUUGCACAUAACUUUUUUGGUAUAAAAUAAAUGUAGCCGUUACCCAUGUUA